AUGCUUCAUCCGAUCCUCGAUAUCAGCAACUUCAAUGUGGUUCUUACAUUCUCUGGCAUCUUCUUACUGGUCUUUGGAUUCCUUUCGCUCAAGGUCAAACAGAAAUGGUACCUUGGCGAAGCAUUGCCGUCCUUUGUGAUCGGCGCGCUACUUGGGCCAUUCUGUACGAACUUGAUCAAUCCGAGCAGAUGGAGUGAUACCGAUAAAGACGGGGACAUUGCCUACGCAUUGACACGAAUGGUGAUUGGCAUCCAAAUGGUGAAAGUGGGCUACGAAUUGCCGAAACAAUACCUGCGACGACGCCUUGUCGAGUUGACGAUCUGUCUGCUUCCUCUUAUGACCAUACAGUGGCUAGCGACAUCAUCCUGUAUCCUGCUGAUGGUGCCUCAUCUAUCCUUCCUGACAGCCUUGAUCAUCGGAUCUUGUAUCAUUUGCAUCGACCCUGUCCUGUCCCAAGCCAUCGCGAAAGGCCCCUUUGCGGAUAAGUAUGUCCGAAGACACCUGCGAGAAUUUAUAUCUGCCGAGGCGGGAGGAAACGAUGGCUUCGGGUUCCCAUUCUUAUUGCUUUCCAUCGCAAUUUUGCGAUACGCAGACGCACCUGCGCUGAGUGUAAAUAAGCGCGACUGGAUUGGAGCGAUGGAUACUGGUCGAUUCGGAGGAAAUGCCGGUCGCGCCUUGGCACAUUGGGCAGUGGAAGGAGUGUUAUACAUGAUAGUCAUGGGGGCUGGAUACGGGCUGCUUGUGGGCUUUGUGAGUCGGAAGAGCUUAAACUUGGCUUCAGAAAGGAGAUGGAUUGACAGAGAGAGCUUUUUCUUGUGUCCGGUUGCCAUUGGGCUAUUUGUCGUGGGGACUUGCGGCUGUUUUGGAUCAGACGAGACACUGGCUUGUUUCAUUGCUGGAUGUGCACUCAACUGGGAUGGACUAUACCAUUCCGAGGCCGAGGCCCGACAUGACUCGUUUAAUACGACUAUCGAAACCGUGUUGAAUUACGGCACAUUCCUCUUCGUUGGGGCAAUCUGCAGCGACUGGAAAGAGGCUUUGUUCAUGGGAUACUUUGGACCGAUCGGUGUGGGAGCAAUUGCUUAUGUUGAAUAUGCCCGACGAUUACUUCCCGAUCCUGGAGAGAAUGAAGAUGAUGCGGAAAUCAACCAUCUUACAUCAGCGAUGAUACCAGUUGUAUACUGGCUUGUAUGCUUCUCGAUUGUAGUUCACGGCCUCUCAAUACCGGCCUUGAACUGCAUAUACAAAUUACUGAGAGUGCCCGUCAUUCAAGACCACCCGGUUGAAGUCCAGCUUCUCUCUGAAAAUGAACCGGUCCCUAACAACAGCGUGGUCAACCGACGGGGGCAUUCAAUGGUGCUGAACAACCGAUUCUCUUGCCACUCUGAUGAGACUGAAACCUCCCUUUCAAGUCACCAUCGACACGAAGAACCCGAUAUUAUCAUGUUACGACCGGGUCGUCAACACUGUCCAGGGUCACCGGCGGGAUCGUCAAUCAAGGGGUCCUCACACCAAGUUGAAUGUGAAGCGAGGGAAAUGGUUUGA